CCUUUUCUCUCUUUUACCUUGUGUAGACACACUUGAGGAUGUUCCGUUCGUCUGUUGCUCUUACUGCUGCUGUGCGUGCUACGGGUGUGGCCAGUGGCGCGGUGCCGGCGGCUGGCGUGGCGUCGAUUUCUUCGGGCAAGCGGGCCGCGUCGACGGCGUCCGGGUUCAAGGUGGCUGUUGCCGGCGCGUCGGGCGGGAUCGGGCAGCCGCUCUCGCUCCUGCUUCGCAACUCGCAGUACGUGUCGGACCUCCGGCUGUACGACAUUGUCGGCGCGCCGGGUGUGGCUGCUGACCUCUCGCACAUCCCGUCCAAGGCCGGGGUGAGCGGCUACGGCAAGGACGACGUCGAGGCUGCGUUUGCCGACGUGGACUGCGUGGUUGUGCCUGCGGGCGUGCCGCGCAAGCCUGGCAUGACGCGCGACGACCUGUUCAACACCAACGCGUCGAUUGUGCAGUCGCUGGCCGAGGCGAUUGCGUCUGCGGCGCCGAACGCGUUUGUGUGCAUCAUCUCGAACCCGGUCAACUCGACGGUGCCGAUUGUGGCCGAGACGCUCAAGAAGGCCGGCGUGUACGACCCGAAGAAGGUGUUUGGCGUGACGACGCUCGACGUCAUCCGGGCCAACCAGUUUGUCGGCCACAACCAGAACAUCGACCCGAAGGAGCUCGACGUGACGGUUGUUGGCGGCCACGCCGGUACGACCAUCCUCCCGCUGCUCUCGCAGAUCGAGGGCGCCAAGUUUACCGAUGACGACAUUGCGGCGCUCACGCACCGCAUCCAGUUUGGCGGCGACGAGGUGGUCCAGGCCAAGGACGGUGCUGGCUCGGCGACGCUCUCGAUGGCGGUUGCCGGCGCUCGGUUCACCGAUCGUCUCCUGGCUGCGGCGUCGGGCGUUUCGGGCAUCCGCGAGUGCACCUUUGUCGAGUCGAACGUGGCUGACACGCCGUUCUUCUCGUCGCGCGUCCAGCUUGGCCCGUCGGGCGCCGAGGUUGUUGAGCCGAUCGGCCCGAUGACCGCGUUCGAGCAGGCCAACUACGACGAGAUGAUCGGCACGCUCGGCGACCAGAUCCAGAAGGGCGUCGACUUUGUCAACCGCGCGUAGAAGCAUUGAACAGUUUUGUGGAUG